UUUCAUUUCGUUUUCCGUUGUCUAAACAACUGUCAUGAGUUGUGUUAUAUAUAAAAUGACAAAUUUAAAAAAAAAAAAUUGUGCUCAUUUCCUGUUUUAAUUGUUACUGUGGUAAAAAAAGGAUUUGUCUCGUGUAUCUGUAAAGAGAUCACAUACUUACAUGUGUAUCGAACUUUUUCUUCAACAGGUUCUUUAAAACAUGGAUAUUAUGAUUAUACUUUGCAAGACUUUGAUUUUGUUCCAUGUGAGUACAAGGGGAUUUUCAUCCGAAACAACUACUCUUCCGGCUUUUCAAAGAAAGUUUUGUCUCGAAGACGCAAUUCUUAUCCACGAUGAAUUACUUCAAAAAGGAUGUCCAUACAAUUUGAGUCCAGAAGAUAAAACAAAUUGCUCAAUACCCUGCACUGGGAAACUUGAGACAAACGACUCCUACGAGGGUAUUAACCAUACGAUUGAUUACAAACUGAUCAGUCAGCAGGAUGGCAUUUCCAUCUUACGCAAAGAAUAUUUGAAUUUUUCAAACUGCAUUAUAAAAACCAUAACCAUCAGAUGUGAUUUCAAGUAUCACAAAGAAAACAGAAACAAAUCGGAUUGUGAAACUUCACAAGAAGAAGGAACACUACCAGGUUCUCCGAUUGGUCUGGUAAGUGUUGUUAUUGGUUGCUUGCUUGGAGUUGUGCUGGCUUUAAUUGGUGGCUGGAUCUUAAAAAUCUUGCGACAAAGGCAUCUUUACCAUGAAAACUUGGACUUGAAUCCAACCAGUCAAUCCAUUAAUAAUCCGGUUGUAUACACAGAAAUUGAAGAACUGAGGAUGCUAGUAAAGGCAACUCAAGUUCCCUCAAUUAAGGAUAAUAGUCCUCUUAGCGCAAGGUCACGGACAUCCAACACUUACCAUACGUUAGCGGAAAUGGAAAGCCUUGGAAAAUCAACAACUUUAAUUCAUGAUACUGAUUCGGGCAAACUGAGAACAUCAAAUCAUUCAUCUAACGGAUCUCGACUGAGUCUGACUCAGUCAUUCUGUUGUAGUGUUAAAGAGGAUGAGCAACAAAGAGAAAGUGGAGAUAGUCAAAAGUACUUUGAACUUGAACAACAAAAAUUGGCCUAGGAACAGAAUAUUUUAAUGCGGGGCUUUCUGUUCAUCUUGUUGAUUACGGGAAAAUGUGGAUCGUUUUUAAAUUAAAUAAAUCUUAGUUAUAUCAAAUAUUAUUUAUAUCUAAAAUUGAUUUCAAACUCUUUCAUACUGCUUUAAGUGCAUUGCCAUUUGGUAUUGUUCUGGAAAUACAAUUUCAAUUCAUUUUUAUUCAAAAAUGCUUGAGUAUCAAAGCUGAUGCUUGUUUAUGGAUUUUGAAUACUUGUAAAUUCACAAAAUAUGUUACAAAGGGGAAUUUUAACAUUUAAAAACUUUUUCCUUUAUAGGUAUUAAUUAUUCAAGCAUGUAUCAUAUUGCUGGAUUUUCAAAUACACAUGUAAAUAUAUUAUUAAUAUUUUGUGUGAUUGAGACCAGCAGGUAUGCCCUCGAUGAUAUCUUAGAACUGUUGUGCGUCAUAUAUAUCAGUACUUCGUAAAGCUCUCCUAAAUAUAUAUAUAUAUAUAUUGGAACCGCCGUACCCCAAACUCCAGAUCCGAUAGAAGGCGGUGUAUUUCGUUUAUUUCCAUACAACUUCAAAUUUCAUUGUUAUUCAUUACUCUUUUAUUGAAAUUAUAAAGUGGAUGAUUGGUUUGUGCGUUUAUGUUCCUGUGCAAGGAUGUAUGCAUGUAUAACAAAAAAAAUUGCCAAAAAGAAAGUCCACCAAAUAUCCUCGUCCGUUGCUAUUUGCCUGCCUUUGAGCUCAUGAAUUAAUUAAAUGAAUUAAUGCUGUCUCUUUAUGACGAAAGAUGAAAAAUAUUCAUUUAUUUGAAAAUGGCACUGCCUUGAGUAAUAUAUUUACAUAAUGAACUGCAGUGAUUAUGUAUAAAUGUUUCAGACGAAGAUGAAUUUUACAAUGAUUUUUACAAGCCAUGCAAGAUACAUUUUCUUUUUACAUUUUUCACAUUAUCACUUUAUUUCUGAAAAUUAAUUGAAAUAAAUCUGUAACAUUGUUCAAAAAAUUGUAUAUGGUAUUUUCGAAAUAGACUGUAAGUAAUUUAUUAUAUUACUUGCAUUUAUUCAUUUUAUAUAUUGCAGAUUAAAAGAAAAUUGGUUGUCUUUUUUAUCAUAAUUAAUUCCAUGAAAAGUUGCUUUCUCGUGUGUUUACCGAAUGAGAAUAGUAUAAAAUCGAAGCGGUAACUUGAAUAUUUCGUUCCUUUUAUUGGAAAUACAUUGUUAUUUGUUAUUAAGAUAUGUGUAAAAAAAAUAUGUAUAUUUAUUUGUAAAUGUAAAAGUAUAAAAUAUAAAAUA